CAUUCAGCCCAAGCAGAGCGUGUGGGCAGUUCCUCCCCAGGCGAGCAGUCGGACAGGUCCUGGCUUGAGAAUGAGAAGUGGAUGGAAUAUCUGGGAGUGGACAAUGAUCGGGAAAUCUUACUUCCUCCUGUCACUUCUCCAAGAUUUCACAGAUAAACCCACGAUAUUCCCUGCUGAAAUUAUUGCAGGAAAGCCUGUGGAUGUAAGCUGCACCUUCAACACAACGUGCAAUGGAACAGCAACACCUGUCUUAACCUGGGACACUCCCACUGACGUACCUGGAUCAGUCUCAAACACUGUAACUCAGCGUGGUGUCACUCUGACCUAUACUUCUGUUCUGACCCUGAUCCCAUCACUCAAACACCGCGGACACACUCUCAGCUGCAGAGUGAGAUAUCCAUCUGUUUCAUCGGAGCGGACCCUCGUACUAACUGUGCAAGGUAGAGACUCCAGUAAAUGGACAGUAGGAUUGCUCACGGCUGGGAUCAUGUUGAGUGUUUUCCUGGCUGGAAUCUUCAUCUUCAUCUGUGUGAGAAAGAGAAAGACAGCGACGCAGGAGAGAGUUUCAGGGACCAGAGACAUUGCAUUGACACCCAGCCCACUCUCAGUGAAGCACCAGAGUAAACAGAACGUGCUGAUUACUGAGCCCCAGAGCACAACCAGAGACAUAACUAGAGACGGGGAGACCCCAGCUCCCCAGGAUCACUCUGAAGGUGCAGUGGAAGGCGAUGCUGGACAUGGGAACCCUGACAAUCCCGAUAACCUUCUCUACGCCAAUCCCCAAGUCUUCAGGGAGCCCAGUGGUGAUGGGACUGUCCACAGGGAAGAGGAGACGGAAUACGCACAGAUCAGAUUCAAGCGAAACUGAGUGUGAAACGGGAAGAGGGUGUGAGGAUGUGGGGGCAGGGAUUAAGAUUCCUGGGAACACGAGACAACCCACUGGGGGACAGGGCGAGAGAGGGAGGAAGGGAUUGAAUGGGUCUGUGGUUGGUGUGGUUUGGAAUGAAAUGUUUCCCCAGUGACGACUUGAUGCUGAGUAAUUGGGGACAGAGAUUCAGUGUCUCCAUCUCUCCCAGUCUGUCUCUCUAUCUCUCUCUCCUUCUCUGUCUGUCCCUCUCUCUCUCUCUC